AUGUUUGAGUGCGACAUCAGCUUUCUCAUGUAUUGUGCUCGGAAGAAUAAGCAGAAGAAGACGGUUUGGUCGGGAGUCAGAUCCAAAGUCAAAAUUUCAAUCUCGUUCAACUGCCACACGAUUGACUUACCUCGCUUCAAAGAAUUGGUCACGUUAGCGUGCGGCGAACGACACCCGAAUGCGCCCCCCUUGAUCGAUCAUGGUACAAACUCCUCGCCACCAACAAUGCUCUGGGUGGCCUACAUGGCCCGUAACCCAAAAUGGCUGAAGACCGGAUCGCAGUCAGUGGCUACCGGCCCUAUGUUUGCCGAUUGGAUGCAAGACAUAAUCAAGGGCGGUGUGAAGAAGGGAGGGCUCCACCUCAAAAUGGACAACCCAAGCGACAACAAAUCCCUUGCGGCCGACAAUGAUUUGAUGGCGCAAACCGUCUGUCGUCAUGCGGCUCAAAUGGCAACUCUAAUGUCCGUGUUGGAUAAGCACCCUUCAACCUCUGCUGACGGCCCUCCUGGCGCACCGCUCUCACAAACCCUGCCCCUUGGGCAGACACCCUUUGAUCUCGAUGAUGACGCGGAAGACUCCUGUGAUGAGAGUUUUGAUGCGCAAAAAAUCAUUGAGGAGGAGAUCUUUAGGAAAUAUAGUGGAAACAUCGGUGUGGACCCAAGCCAUUCGGUCUACCCGCAUCCAACCGAUGUCAAUUGGUAUGUUAUCCUCACAGCUGGGAAUCAUGGCAAGGUCAAGGGGGUCAGUCUCACCUCCCCACCGAGCUGUGUCAAGUUUUACAACCGCAAGACUCGCAAGUCCACGCAUGUCGACCCAAACGAGCAUCCCGUUACUCCUCACGUGCCUCCGUUGGCCGCGAGUGCCAACCGACCGGAUGCCUCACCUCCUAUGGGUCAGAUCGUGACCCUGGAUUUGGUGGCAUCCAUUGUGGAGAUCUGCACCGAGACCAUCUCAAAGAAACAGGCACGGUCGCCGGAAAGCUCCAGUUUGCCCGUCGGGGUCGCCGGGUCCGAGGGCCAACUGCUUGAUUAUGUCAAAUUUGCCGGUGUCGCAAACCCGGAAGAAACCAUGCGUGUGCUUGAGCGGAACGAGGUUGAUAGCUACACAAUGUUUGCCGAGGGAUUCUUCACCCCCGAGCAAUUGCAACAGUUAGGCCUCACUGUGGGGACCCUGGCUAAGCUCUGUCGAAAUAAACCCUAA